AUGGCGGUGCUUGUUGACGACCUAACAGGCCCGGCCUCCCUUUGUUUUGACGGUGCCCUCGACGACGACCUGAUGGAGUUGAUGGACCUGGUCCACUUUCCCCGCAUCCAUUUCCCUCUGUCCCCUUACUCGCCCAUCAUCUCUGCUGAGAAGGCUAACCACGAGCAGCUGACGGUGACCGAGAUCACCAGUGGCCGCUUCGAGCCGUCCAAUCAGAUGGUCGAGUGUGACCCUCGUCACGGCAAGUACGCGGCGUGCCGCCUGCUGUACCGAGAUGAUGUCGUCCCUAAGGAUGUAAACGCUGCCAUCACUAAAACCAGACUUUCCAUGCAGUUUGUCGCUUGGUGCCCGACUGGCUUUAAGGUGGGCAUCAACUACCAGCCUCCCACUGUGGUUCCUGGUGGAGAUCUGGCCAAGGUCCAGAGGGCCGUGUGCAUGCUGAGCAACACCACUGCUAUUGCAGAGGCCUGGGCUCGGCUUGACCACAAGUUUGACCUGAUGUACGCCAAGCGGGCCUUUGUUCACUGGUACGUGGGAGAGGGAAUGGAGGAGGGAGAGUUCUCUGAGGCCAGAGAGGACAUGGCAGCCCUGGAGAAGGAUUACGAGGAACUGGGCAGAUUGAGCCCCGAAUCUGAAAAUGACGACGAAGGCCAACCAUACUGAGCUUUGUGAGGCUGU